AUGUCCAACAAAAUUGAAGAACUCGAACGAAAAGCAACAGAUUUUGAAAAUCAAAUCAAACAACUCCAACAAGAGAUUGCUAGUUUAAAAUUGGGAUCAAGUAAUCAGGCUGUAUUGGAUGAACUUCACAAGAUCCGCUCAACAAUUGUUACUGAAAAAGAGGAAUACGAAAAUUUGAUGAAACAAAAGGACCAGGAAAUUGAAGAGUUGAAAAAGAUAAUUGAAAAGAAGGAUUACCGAAUUAAUAUUCUGAAGAGAUAUAUCCAAUAA